UUUAUAUUGGACUCCGAGUUAUGUAAUUUAACUACAUAUAUACUUACGUACUUACAUUACUGUGUUGAAAAAGAAUAAACAUGUAAGUUUAACCAUUUUAACCACCCUUUUCAUAGGAUUGUGCGCUUUGAUGUCAGACGUUUUUUUUUUUUUGAAACGCGACGGGCGCAGGAUACUAUUAUUGUAACAACACUAUUGUCAUAGUCACGACUGGCUCACUAGCGAAUUCGCUCCACGCGGCGCACGUUGACUAUAGAACGCGGUCAGUCGUUUGCACUGCACCGAACAAUUGAAGACUCUUGUGGAACAUCGGCUGCCAGCUGUCACAUCAUCUCGAUGUGUAUUUGACAUAAGAACUGAUUAAAAUUUAAAAAGAAAUUGUUUUGACAUAGUACCUGCUCGGUUAUGUAUUGUUUAAAAAACAAAAUAAUACUGUCGGUUUUAUUUUUACAAACGACGCUAGAUUUUUUGCCAUGUUGAUAACAAAAAACAUCAAAUGUGCAUGAGAUAUCCGUGUCCAAUUCACAAUGAACAUUCGCGGGGCAGCUGGUGGGGGUGGCAACGGCGGAGAUUCCGGUUCGCUUUCCGAUGCCGGAUACUCAGCCGCUCUAGUAGACGUUGGCCGGAAAAUGUUAGCAAUGGAUGCGCUACAGCUACCGCCGAUUAGGACUACAGGACCAUCACCGGUCGCUCACAAUGGACGUUAUUGGACGCCGGACAAACGCAGGGACAAUGCGGAAACAGUCAGGUACAUUCGGUGUUUAGUGCAGACCUGUGAGGCCAUCAAGCCGUGGAUCGCGACUGAUAACCAAACAUCGUCACCACCCCACACCCGGACCAAGGUAACGAUGGACCAGUUGCCAAAAAUAAUGCAAAAGGUACUCGGGAACAAGAUCCGGAGCAACAGGGAUCACAAGUUUGUCAACUACUGGACGCCCAGUGAUUUCGUUAAAAACUGUUUGUUUUGGCACAAUUUCUACAGACAUUUUCAUAGAUCAACCGAAUUAGUCUUGAGUCCACACUUAUGCGAAGAAGCGCAAAACUGGGCUAAUCAUUUAGCUCAUACGGAUACUUUUGCUUAUCAGAAUAAAAGCAAUUACGGACAGAAUCUAUUCUGCAGGAAACCGACUACAACUGAAAUCGAGGGAAAGGACGUGGUUCGUGAAUGGUAUUCCUCUUCGAGAGUUUAUAAGCCAAGAAAAAAUCCGAAAAUGUACUCGGCCAACAUAAAUUCGGGUCCUUUUACACAACUCGUUUGGUCGAACACGAAAGAGUUGGGUAUUGGAAAAGCGUGCAGUCGGUCUGGUCGGAUAUUCGUAGUGGCUAAUUAUUACCCGAAAGGAAACUUGAACGGACAAUACGCCAAUAACGUGCAUAUGAACCAAUAUUUUUUGCCAGCCAACAAGAAGAAAUUAGAAUUCAUAACUAAACAUGGAGAAUAAAAAUGCAGCAGCGACGCUAAUGGACUUUACGCUCAAACACUGUUUAGAAGUCGCAAAAGAAAAGAAAUACAUAAAUAUCAUCAGCUGUUUUCGAACAUUGCUGUAAUGCAGAGGUUCUCAAUCUGUGCUCCAUAUUUUUGUGGACACAUCUAUAUUAAUUUAAUUUAAAUUAUUUAUAUAUUAUAUAAUAUGUUAGUUAAAUUUUUAUAUUUAUAUUAUUAUUUUUAUAAAUUAUUUUUGUCUCAAAUAGACAUUCCUGAUUUUUGGGGCUUAUAAAAUAUAUAAUUUUUUUUUGGAACAUAAGGUCUCCGCGAAAAAAGAGUUUGAGAAUCACUGCUAUAAUGUAAUUAUGAUUUCGUGAGUUUAUACAGUAAAUUAUCAACACCAUUUUUUGUGAUUAUUUUAUGUUUAUGUACGUCCAAUCAACCGGAGGACCCGACACGGUAUUACUUCAUAAUCGAUUUCAUACAAUAUUGUAUUAUUAUUAUUAAAUUUAACAUACGACUGAUCGAUACGUAUUGAGUUUUAUAUUAUGUAUAAUAUGUACAAUAUACAAUAUACAUAAACGACUGUUAUAUUCUUAAGUCUUAAAUAUUAUUGUAUUCUUGUAUCGAUCGUAGUUCUUAAUAACUAGUUUUUACAAAUAUUUUAUGUUAUUUAUUGAUCGUAUAGUAAUGUAUUUUAACCGUUUUUUUUUUUUGUGAAAAAUCAGUCACAUACACAUAAAAAAUAACAUUUUGUUUUCAGUUGGUCUAAACUGAUUGGUUUACUAAAUUUUAUGGAAUGUAUCUAAGUGAAAUAUUUUGUUUUUAUGUUCUUUUAUAGAAUUUAAUAGAUAUCUCACACUUUUGAAACAAGAAUUUCUGAUCAUUCGUUUAUGUUGCACUGUAACCAUAAAUUUAUGUUU